AUGUGGGACGACCUCGAAACACCAAUCGCCUUGCGGCGCACCCCACGGCGCAGCACCGGCAAUGCAGGUGUCACAGCCCCCUCAGUGGCCGCCUCGAAGACGCCGACCACGUCGAGGACUGGCAAGAGAGUCAGGUUCUCCGAUCCUGGCCCCGAGCUCAGCUACAAGUCCCCAUCCUCGACAGGGCUUACGCCAAUGGUCCGUCGAUCCACCAUUGGAGUGACACCAUCACGGAAAAGACGAAGACACUCUACACCAUCAGAUCUGCAAGACGUGCACGACGCAGAUGAGCUUGCAGGAACGUCCGAAACACCAAACGUGGUCCGCGUUCUCUCCCUGCGGCAGAUCCUCGACGAUCGCCUGAAGCGGCGGAUAAGGCGAAAUGGGCUGAGCGAGGAGAUGAACACGAUCGAGAUUGAGAAACGUCACGAAGCCCAAAGACAGGCCAGUGAGCUCCAACACCUGCGCGAGGAGCUCGCAGAGAAGGAUGAGGAGAUCGAGAGGCUAAAGGACGCGACAAUACUCCAAGACACGGCGCGCAUAAUGGAGCUUGAGCAAGAGGUCGGGCAUCUGAGAGCCGAGCUCAACAGGCAGUCUGACCGUGCGGACCAGACACAUCAUGACUGGACCAUGGCAGCUAGAGAUCCGUUCUCCGACAGCGUCGAUGACGAUGGUUUUGGUGAUGCAACAAUGGCAGACUUGGUCUGCAGUACACCCUCGAGGGCGAGGGCAUCAUUCCCGACGCCCCCUUGUACGAGUCCUACAAUGCCCACUACACCUAUGUCUAUAAGACGGUUCGCCUCUUCACCAGUUUCCCACACAGGAGUCCAGGCACAGCUUCCAGAUCCUGAGAAAGAACUUUUGGAGGCCGAGCUGGGCUCAUUGCGUCUUGAAUUGGGAAAGCUCAAUGAAGCGCUGGAAAUCCAUGAGGCAUUGAGGGCGCGCAUGGCAGACAGGCUAUCGUCAGUAGAGAGCUCCGAGGUCGCAGGAAAUGACGAUGUAGAGGCACACCUGGGCCGGGUUCUACAAAGCCUGUCUGACAAGACAGCCGCCCUGGCUCAGCUCAACUCCUCAAUCAGCUCUCUUGGGUUCCGUGGCAAUGAUGCCGGCGAUAUCGUGUCAUCAGUUUCUAGGGCUCUACGCUCCGCGCGUCUGGAACUCGAGUAUAUCACACCAGGAGAGAUCGCUCUUCCACUAUCAUCCCAUGGCGCCCAAGUCCUGGAUCUCGUACUCACUCGUCUCCGAGAUCUUGCGCGCCAGGUGAAAGAAGAUGAGGCUUCAAUCGACGAGUACCACUCGCUCGAGCUAUCGCUAAGACAACAGCUAGGAGCACGUGUUGAGGCUAUGGAUGGGCUACAGCGCGAACUAAAGAGGAGCACAUGUCGUCUUGGGGAGAAGGAUGAGCGCAUUACCGAGUUAGAAAUUGGCACUGAUCGCUUGAAGGGGGCAAUCGAGAAGUACCGCCGCGAUGUCUCUGAGCUGGAAACCCUCGUGCAGACAAUGGAGGAGCAAGGACAGGAUGCAGAAGCGAGACUGCAGGCCAAUGUCGAGACUGGAAAGCAGCAAUCAGCAAAAAGGGAUACCGAUAUUGCGGCUUUGGAAGAGAAAGUCACAUCUGUACUUUCGCAGACUGCCGAAGUCAGGAUCCAGCUCGCAGACGUGCAGGCUAAAAGGGUGGCCAACAUCACAGCUCUCAACAAGUCGCACGGAACAGCACUAGCAAUUCGUGAUGCUCGGGUGACAGAGUUGCGAGGCGAGAUCGACAGCAUUAACGAGUCCCUGCGCAAUGCGCACGAGACCAUCCGGCAGCUAAAAGUUGAGAACCUCGGACUGAAACGUGAUAUCGAAGGAGAAAAGAAGAGAGCCAAACAAGCUGUUGAUUCCAUGAAGACUGAGCUCGAAAGAGUUCUGGAAAUGAGCGAAGGAAUUUUGGCCACGCCCAAGAAAGUCACCGACACCGGUCGUCGCUGCACUCGCAGCUCAGAUUUGCUGAAGACGCCUGGCCAAGCUGCAUUGCCGCCGGCAGGUCCGUCCGGAUUCUUGGUUGAUAGUGGGAAGGGGAAAAGAAAGCGGAGGCAUGACAGCGGGUUGGGCUUCUUAGACGAGGAAGAAUAUGAAGUUUGA